AUGGGGUUCCAGAAAUUCAAUCCCUUCAAGAGGGACCGCCAGAACUUCCCGGGUGUUGUCAUCCCUCUGGCUGAUGCCCCUGCCCCAAAAAAGCCCGACAUGAACGACGAGAAGAAGGCUGAGCUUUCGGAUACCAACAAGUCUUUGGAGCGCGCUUCAUCAGCUGAGAAUGGCUCUGCUGGUGACUCUGUGCAGGAGCCCUCCCACCGGACCCUUGAGUCUCUACGCGCCGAAAUUGAUGCGGAUGAAUCAGGCCGCAACUCGGUGUAUGAUCGCAAGGCCAAGGUCAUCAACAGCGCCCUCAAGGAUAUCGGCAUGGGCCGUUACCAAUGGCAAUUAUUCUUCCUCUGUGGUUUCGGCUGGCUUGCAGACAACCUCUGGCUGCAGGGUGUUGCCCUUACUCUGACCCCAAUUUCAAUGGAGUUCGGGAUCUCCGAGUCGGAGGUACGCUUCACUACCUGUGCUCUUUUCCUGGGUCUCUGUAUCGGUGCCUCGAGUUGGGGUAUUGCCUCAGAUAUCUUGGGCCGUCGCAUCGCAUUCAACACCACUCUGUUCCUUGCCGGAACCUUUGGUCUUGCCGCCGGCGGUGCCCCCAACUGGGUUGGUGUCUCUGCUCUGUAUGCCUGCCUUGGUCUCGGAGUUGGUGGCAACUUGCCCGUUGAUGGCGCCCUCUUCCUUGAGUUUUUGCCCAUGGCAUCCGGAAACAUGUUGACUAUGCUGAGCGUCUGGUGGCCUAUUGGUCAGAUGAUCGGUAGUCUGUUUGCCUGGGCCUAUAUUCCUUCGUUCAGCUGUGCAAACGCAGAGAACUGCACUAAGGAGCAGAACAUGGGCUGGCGGUACCUAGUCCUCACCCUGGGAGCCAUCACCUUCUGCAUGUUCAUCGGCCGAUUCUUCUUCUUCCACCUCUACGAAUCGCCCAAGUUCCUGCUGUCGCGCGGUCGCCAGGACGAGGCUGUUGCUUCCGUCCAUGGUAUCGCCUACAAGAACAAAACCAAGACCUGGUUGACUACCGAGAUUUUGAACGAGAUCGGCGGAUACCCCGAGACUCAGGAGAAAGAGGUGCUCGCCUUGGCCGAUAUUAUCAGGCGGUUCUUCUCAAAGUUCUCUAUGGAGCGCAUCGGGCCUCUCUUCGCCAACAAGCGCCUGGGAAUCACCACUAUCAUCCUCUGGUUUUGCUGGGCCACGAUUGGUAUGGGAUAUCCCCUCUUCAAUGCCUUCCUGCCCCAGUACCUGGCCAAGGCUGGCGGCGAGACCAACUCGACCUACAUCACUUAUCGCAACUAUGCCAUUACUUCCAUUGUCGGCGUGCCCGGCUCAAUCUUGGCUUGCUAUACUGUGGAGCUCAAAUACGUCGGUCGUAAGGGUACCAUGGCUGCUGCUACUGUGAUCACUGGCGUGCUGCUCUUCUGCUUCACGGCCUCCACCAACGCCAAUGUUCAGCUCGCGUGUACCUGUCUUGAAGCGUUCUUCCAGAACAUCAUGUAUGGUGUCCUGUACGCCUACACCCCAGAAGUUUUCCCUGCUCCGAACCGCGGUACCGGUACUGGUAUCUCCAGCUGCUUGAACCGUAUUGCAGGUCUCUGUGCUCCGCUGGUCGCCAUCUACUCGUCCACUUCGAAUGCCGAUUCGCCUAUCUACGCGUCCGGUGGUCUGAUUCUGGCCGCUUUUAGUUCGAUGGUCUUCCUCCCCAUCGAGACCCGGGGUCGACAGAGUCUAUAG